AUGUGGCAGGACGAUGAGGACAAUAAUCCAUAUGGAUCGUUCAACCCAGAUUCAACCAAUCCAGUCCUCGACACAUCUUACCAUGACCAACAAACGAGUUCACCUCCAUCGCAAUCCCCAGAAAAUGAGCCGCCGGAAUUUCUAUCGCAUCCAAGAGACCUAAGCGACGAUGAGGAGGCGGAGUACUCGAAAAGCCAGACUCAAAGCUACCUUCGGAAGCAAGGCGCAUACGACAGCAGGAUACAGCAGCUGCUAUACGAGAACCCAGAGCUCGAAAUCAUCAUUGUAGAUGCAGGAAAGAGCUCGGAUGGCGGGUAUAUUGUCUAUAGGAUACGGACAGGAGACAUUGAUGUACAACGGCGGUAUUCCGAAUUCAGCUCCCUCCGAGCGGCCCUUGUCAACCUACACCCAACUCUCAUCAUACCUCCAAUACCCGAGAAGCACUCAAUGGCGGAUUAUGCGGCGAAGCCACGGAAAGCCAAAGAAGAUACCAGCAUAAUAGACCUACGCAAAAGAAUGCUUAGUGUAUUCCUGAACAGGUGUCGAAAGAUGAAGGAGGUGGUUGAAGACGGGAGCGAAGUUCUACACUCUCCUCCUGUGUCCUCGAUUCCCAAGAGUAACCUGAAGGCUCCGCCCCUGGAUCCAGCAAAUCCAAGUCCUGCUCAUAGCUGGCUCCCUGUUCCGUCCUCUUCCGCGAAGUUGAAGUCCGCCUCUGCCGUAUCAGAGACGGGCACGCCCUCAUCUCCUCCGAGUUAUUCUGCCAUGCCCUCUGCAGCUGCUCACUCCAUACCUGGACCACAAGUUUUUGGUCGAUUUCCACCCACAUCACAGCACCUUAGUGAGCAAGAGCUUGACCCUUAUUUCAUCAACUUUGAAGCCUCGACUCGAGAACUGGAAAUGUUACUGCAGGGCAACAUCGAAAGGGUCAACAGACGAACUCUUGAACAUUAUGCCAAACUGUCCACGGAUUUGGCAGAGCUCGGAGCAAGGUACAAUGGUUUCGCCUUGUCAGAAUCGUCUCCCACGGUAGCUGCAGCAAUUGAGAGGAUCGGCCAGGCAGUGGAUACAACUUACCUAGACACAGAGGAGCUAUCCGCGAAUCUUGGCGCUGGCUUUGCUGAACCAAUGCGUGAAAGUGCCCAAUUUGCAGGGGUUGUGCGUAGCGUAUUGCGCUAUCGCGUGUUGAAACGGGUUCAACAGGAAAUGACAAGAGACGAGCUAGAAAAGAAGAAGACAUUGCUGGAUUCCUUGGAGAGGAGUGAACUGGAGGCAAAGCGGAUUGACCGAUACUUGAGCAACAGCAUGAUAGCCCAAAGCCCACCCAAGCGAUCUACCUCCUCUGCCUCUGCCAGAAGUAAUCCAGAACGACAAGCUCAAGGCCGCCGAGAAGGAAGUAAUGAGGACGCUGCUUCAAUCGACUCCGAUUUCCCACCUACCCACGAUGGAUCGCCCUCCUCUUCGCCUCCGUUGCACCGAAAGACCCAGAGUGGGAAUUUUGUGACCAACAAGAUCUUUGGUAGAAUCAGUCAUGCAGUCCAUGGAUUCGUGGAUGUGGACCCAGAGAGGACACGGAGAGAUCAGAUCGGAAAGACGAAAGAAAGCCUCGUGCAACUCGAACAAGCUCUGGACGUGUCUGCUAAGGAUGUCAAGGAUGCUAGCGCCGGCGUUUUGAAAGACCUGAAAAGGUUUCAAAAAGAGAAAGAAGACGACCUGCAGCGGUACAUGAUUGCUUACGCAAGAUGUCAUAUUGACUGGGCGAGGAAGAAUCUAGAGACUUGGACGGAAGCUCGAGAGGAAGUCGACAAGAUCGUAGCCAGAUAG